CAUAGACAUCCAGUGCAUUGAAAGGUGCAAGCCCUUCGCCUGUGACAGCAUCGUUGACAGCGACCAAGAAGGCGCGCCCUUCCGGUGCCCAAACCCCGAGCCAUCAUUCCCAAGUUCUUACAUUCCGAUUUCCAUUGUUUUGGCCGCCUUUUGAAGGACACAGCCGGCACUUAAACACAAAGGGCCCGGUGUCUCACUCUUUGCCCCGCUGAAAAUUCACUCGAGUCUCUGAGGGACCUCACCUUGGUUGCAGGGCAAAACGGGCCUCGAUCGUCGCCCUUAUCAGAAGCCGACUGCACCCUCGGCACCACCAAGUCUGCCAUGGGAAACAAGACCGAGAUGGCAUCAUGGAACGGUCUCCCCGUCGAGCUCAGGGGUCUCAUUCUCGAGCAUCUGGCAUUCAGCGCCGUCGCAGAGAGACGCUCGAGAAUCUGGAAGGCCAAGAGCAAACGCCAUGAUAUGGGCAGCUACGCCGUCGUGUGCCGCCAGUGGCAGGGGUUCAUCGAGAAGAUCAACUUCAGCAAUCUCGAGAUCAGCACCGCCAAGGACCUAGCAAGCUUUGACGAGAUACUCCAGGACCCAGCCCGCCGCUCCUACCUCCGCCGCGUCUCACUCCGUGUCGAGCUGCCGCGCUACCCCAACAAGCUCGCCAAGGUGCCCGAAACCGACAUCGAGCAGAACGAGAACGAGGUCGCCUUCACGCAGGGCGUCUGGAACUUCUUCGACAUCCUGAGCAAGUGGGCGCCUUCGGCUUCGGACAUGGAGCUCGAACUGAGCGCCGCCUCGCCCAGCGAUAAGAACAAGUACUUUGGCGAGAUGGGCCUGGACCAAGACGGCAACUCACGCUUCUUCGACCACGACCUCGACUUCUGCUUCAUCACCGCCGGCUGCGACCAGAUUGGACGACACGGCUUGCCCGAGGUCCCGGUCAUCAGCAGCUGCCAGAUCUUGCGCCGUAACCACCGCAACUUCUCAUCUCGUGCGCUCCUCACCAUUUUCUCAAGCCUGCCUCGGCUUCGGGAAGUUCGCUUUGAGCCGUGGCAUCAAGUGGACAUGGAGGCACAGUUGGAAGUCGACUCAGAUCACGCUCGGAGUCUUCCCUUCUGGCCGUCUCACAUCAAGCGGAUCAGCAUUUUUGAGCAUUUCGAUGCCUUUGCCGAUGGCGGCGAAGGCGAAUGGGAGGAUGCUGAUUCUGGAGACGAAAAUGAGAUGGAAGCAAACACGGACCCUGCCGCACCUGGUCCCGCCAUGGCCGAGGCCGACGACGUGGGCGAUGUCCCGAGAACGUCUUGCCCCAGUCUGGGCCACAACCUGGGCCAUCUCAGUCUCCAAGCCGAGGAAAUGGCUGUUUCGAACGUGUCCGACGCGAGCGACUUCUUCGAGGGACUAAUUUCCCGUAACCGAUCGCCACCCGUGUGGAAGCACCUCCGUCGUCUUGCUCUGACGUCCAACAUGAUGAUUGAUGGUGUCGACGCCGAGCUGAUCAACAACGUCCUUCGCACGGUGGCCACUGCUGCAAAAUACAUGCCGGUGCUGCAGAUUUUAGAGAUUUACAAGACGGAUCAGUUUGGUGGCGCCGUCUUCCGCUACAGCGUUGACUCGCUUUCAACGACAGCCUCCUGGGAGGGCACCUGGGACUUCCGCGUGGAGAAGGACGUGAAAGCGGCGUGGGCAGAAGUGUCAAAGAGAAACACCGCCCACGACAUGGAUUUUCUGCCUGAGAUUCACCUAGGUGACUAUCGCGGACCAUACGCCUUCGUUGACGAGCACCUGAAGACGAAGGACCUCGUUCUCCACCCGAGCUCGCUGGAGGACAUGCUGUCGAAGAAGAUGGACAAGUGCAAAGCGUGCAACGGAUACUGUGCGCACCCAAAGAGCGCAGAGCAGAUCUGGGGUUCGUUUGGAGACGAUGCAUAGACUACGAAAGCAUGGCCGAUGCAUUCAUACGAGAUCAUGUAUAGAUACCCUGUAGAGUACGCACAUUGCACGGCCGGUUUAGAUACAAACGGGAGGAUGGUUGAAUAGGUUGCAUGGUCGUUUGGAUAGAAUCCAAUGAGGCAACAUAGCUGCAAGUGCAUUGUCCCCA